AUGAAAGCCAUGGAGCAGACUCUGGCCAGGGGCCAGCAGAUCCAAGACAACUGCUCCGCCGUUGUGAAGAAGCUCCGGGCGAUCCUCCACUCAACUGAGGAGCAGCUGCGAGUCAACAAGAAGCAGGCCCUUUUCUUGACACAGCUCGCAGCGAAGACCCUUCCCAAGGGCCUCCACUGCCUCCCCUUGAGGCUCUCUAACGAGUACUACGCGCUUAGCCAGAGUCAGCAGCAGUUCCCCAACCAGGACAAGCUGGAAGACCCUAAGCUCUACCAUUAUGCGCUCUUUUCUGACAAUAUUCUGGCUGCAGCAGUCGUCGUGAAUUCCACCAUGACCCAUGCCAAGGUUCGCCCGCCAGGGAAAUUUCAUGUUUUUAUUGAUCAAAAAGCCAUUAUUUCUUAGAAUUUUUCCACGGAAAGUCUUUUUUUCUUAGAAUUUUGUGAAUUCUAACUUGGCCCCAUUUUGAAUUGUUACUGGCAAUUAUAAGGACAUUAUUUCCCAGCAGCCUCAGAGGAAUGUCAUAUUUUCUUGGCAACUCUUUAGGAAAGUUCGUAUUUCCUGGAAUUUCUGAGGAUUCAUUCUCCCUUUGUUCUUGCAGGAUCCUUCAAACCAUGUCUUCCAUAUUGUCACCGACAAGCUCAAUUAUGCCGCGAUGAGGAUGUGGUUUCUGGCAAAUCAGCCCGGCCAGGGGACCAUUGAGGUCCGGAACAUCGAAGAGUUCACCUGGCUGAACUCGAGCUACAGCCCGGCCCUUAAGCAGCUCGAGUCACAGUCCAUGAUCGACUACUACUUCAAAACCCACCGUGCAAGCUCGGAUUCGAACCUCAAGUACCGGAAUCCCAAGUACCUGUCGAUUCUCAACCACCUGCGGUUCUACCUCCCCGAGGUCUUCCCCAAGCUCGACAAAGUGCUCUUCUUGGAUGACGACGUGGUGGUGCAGAAGGACCUCACCCCCUUGUGGAAGAUCAAACUCAACGGGAAGGUCAACGGCGCCGUAGAGACCUGCGGAGAGAACUUCCACCGUUUCGACCGGUACCUCAACUUCUCCAAUCCCCUCAUCGCCAAGAACUUCGACCCCCACGCGUGCGGGUGGGCGUACGGGAUGAACAUCUUCGACCUGAUCGAGUGGAGGAAGCAGAAGAUAACGGAGAUCUACCACUCAUGGCAGAAGCUGGUGAGCCAUUUUUCAUCCACCACCGCCGCCACGGCCUCUUCUUCUCCAAUUUCCUCUGCCCGGCUGGUUUUUUAGCGAUCUUCCUCUUCCUUUCCCUACUGCAGAACAGUGACAGGCUGCUGUGGAAGCUGGGUACGCUACCACCGGGGCUGAUCACCUUCUGGAACAAGAUCUUCCCUCUGGACCGAUCAUGGCACAUCCUGGGCCUCGGCUACAACCCUGGCGUGAGCCACAAGGACAUCGAGCGUGCCGCCGUCGUCCACUACAACGGCAACUUGAAGCCCUGGCUCGAGAUCGCCAUCCCCAAGUUCCGUGGCUACUGGUCCAAGUUCGUCGACUACGACCAGGCCUACCUUCGGGACUGUAACAUCAAUCCUUAG